AUGGGCGACAAACACGGCAACCCCAAGAAGAUCGAGAACUUUGCCAGCGUCGUCGGCGCCUUUGCCUCCCACUACGGCAAGAAUGACGAUCAGACCACGGUGACUGAGGAAGAGCGGAAGAAGAGACAGGAAAAGGCGGCAGAGGUUGCUGAUUCAUACUACAACUUCGCCUCCGCGGCCUACGAGACCGGCUGGUCCACCCACUUCCACUACACGCCCUUCCCUCCCUCGUUCCCACCCAGCGACAGCACCAUCGCGACCGCAUUGGCCUUUUACGAACACCGCUUCGCACUCCUCAUGAACUUGAAGCCCAACAUGAAAGUCCUCGACGUGGGCUGCGGGAUCGGCGGGCCCGCGCGGGAGAUUGCCAAACUGGUCGGAUGCGAGAUUGUUGGGAUCAGUAUCAACCAGGCGCAGAUUGAUCGCGCCAUCUACUUGACCGCGCUGGAGGGGUUACAGGGGAAAUGCACGUUUGUGAGGGGGGAUUUUCUUAACCUCCCCUUUGCGGCAUCGUCCUUCGACGCCGCCUACUCAAUCGAAGCCACCGUGCAUUCGCCCUCCCUAUGCCGCGUCUACAGCAACAUCUCCCGCGUUCUCAAACCCGGCGCCAUCUUCGGCCUGUCCGAGUGGGUGUUGACGCCCAAAUACAACCCGCACAACCCCAAACAUGUGGGGAUCAGGAAUAGGCUGGAGAGAGGCAACGCGCUGAGUAAUUUGCAUACGAGCGAGCAGGCGAGAGACGCUCUGAAAGGGGCGGGGUUUGAAGUGGAGUAUGAGGAGGAUUUUGCAGCUCACUUUGACUACGUCAAGAAACUGGGGGAUGACAAUGUCGUGGCGGAGGCAGCGAGGAAGAAGGCAGAGAAAGGGAAGAGGCAGAAGAAUAGGGGAAGUGGAAGUGGAAGUGAUAUGGAAAUGGAAGGACAAGAACCCACCACCACAACCGCAGCAGGACAGGAUCCUCCUCCUCCUCCGUUUGAGCAUCAAUCCCCCGUCCUCGUCCCCUUCAAAUCCUCUUCCCCCUCCUCCUCCUCGUCCCCUGACCUCCGCCCCGCCCCUCCCCCCUCGACCCCCCUGCCCCAUCCCAUGCCCAUCCCCGCCACGCUCUACCGACACUGGUCCUUCCCCUUCAUUCCGGGCUCCACAUCGCUCGCCACAACCUGGACCGACUGGUGGACGUGCUUCAAGAUGACCAAGUUCGCCCGACGCGUGUGCUACGGCAUGGUGUGGGUGGGAGAGCGCGUCGGGAUAUGGGACAAGGGCGUCACGGACGCGAUGGUCACGCUGGCGUAUUGUGUGGACAGCACGGCCGAGGCGGCCGGGGAGGAGACUUUUAGUCCGUGUUGGUGGUUCAUUGGGCGGAAGGUGGGAGACGUAGAAGAUGAGGAUGGCGGCAAGUCUGCGGAAUCGGAUCGCGAUGGGCAACUCCCGGACAACUUUGGUGGAGAUGGGACUGGACAAAGGAGGGAGGACUUGAGUGUCCUUAUGUAUUGA